GUACACUCCUUGUACUUGUAGCAGAGAUUUAUCUUCAGAGAUUCAUAUUCAGCAUCGAAUUUUAAAUCAGAUAGGCUAUUUCAGAAACAUUUCUAAUCAUCCGUAAAUGAAUUCAAGUGAUUGUUUCUAGCUCAGAUCGUAGUACAAGAAAAAUUCCAUUAUUGUCUGUCAUCUAUUAAUCUUUCUGUACCUUACAUUUCGACCAAGAUUUUGCUUACAAAAUGUUUGCCUAGGGAUAACACAAUCAAAUAGAAUAUCAUUCAAUCAACAUGUUGAUCAAUUACUUACAUCAGAAACUGCUAAACCAUUAACAAUCUUUCCUGAAAUCAAUCAAUUUGAUAAAGAUAAAAAAAAACUUCUUCGAUAUAUUGAUUUAAAUAUUAUUGGUAAAAAUGCUCCAAUCGAUACUCCAUUUGGACCUCGAGCAAUUACAUAUGCUGAUUAUACAGCAUCUGGACGAGCUAUUAAAUUUAUAGAAUAUUACAUACUCAAUGAUGUUUUACCAUAUUAUGCUAAUACACACAGUGAAAAUAAUGCUUGUGCAUUACGAACUACAAAAUUUCGUGAAGGAGCACGAUCAAUUAUUAAGAAAUGUGUUAAUGCAACUGAUGAUGAUGUUAUUAUAUUUACUGGAUCAGGUUCAACAGCUGCUGUUAAUAAACUUGUUAAUGUUUUACACUUAAAAGAUAAAGAUAUUCAAGAUAAAACUGUUGUUUUUAUUAGUACAUUUGAACAUCAUUCAAAUAUUUUACCAUGGAAAGAAACAGGAAUUGAACUUAUUCGAAUUCCAAAUACUAAAGAAGGUCUUCUUGAUCAACAUUUUCUUAAGACAAAAUUAAAACAUUAUCAUCAUACGGUUAAGAAACAUAUUAUUUGUUCAUUAAAUGCAGCCAGUAAUGUAACUGGUAUUCGAACUGAUGUCGAUACUAUUUCAACACUGGUGCAUCAUUAUGAUGGAUGGAUUUUUUGGGAUUAUGCUGCAGCAGCAUCUUAUGUUAAAAUUGAUAUGAAUCCAUCAACAACAGCUUAUAAAGAUGCUGUUUUUAUUUCUACACAUAAAUUUAUUGGUGGUCCUUCAACACCAGGUAUAUUAAUUGCUAAGAAAAAAUUAUUUACAAAUCGAAUUCCAGUUGAUUGUGGUGGUGGUACAGUAAAUUUUGUAACUCGAACAAAUAUUGAAUAUGUAAAAGAUAUUGAAAUACGUGAAGAAGGUGGAACACCAGAUAUUCUUGGUGCUAUACGUGCUGGUUUAGUUUUUCAUUUAAAAGAAAUUGUUGGAGAGAACAUAAUUGAAAAACGUGAAACAGAAUUAGUUGACAAAUUUUUUCAACGUUUUCGAAAUCAUCAAAAAUUACUUGUACUUGGAUCAUCAACUGUUCCUCGUCUAGCAAUAUUUUCAUUUCUUAUUUAUGUACCAAUAUUUGAUAAAUAUUUACAUCAUAAUUUAAUAUCUAUUUUAUUAAAUGAUUUAUUUGGUAUUCAAGUACGAUCUGGAUGUGCUUGUGCUGGACCUUAUGUUUUAGAAUUAUUAAAUAUUGAUGAUCAAAAAGCACAAAUUUAUACAAGAUUUAUAGCAGAAGAUGAAAAAUAUUUUAGUGGUCGAUUCGAUGGAUUUUCAAGAAAUGUAUUAAUGAAACCUGGUUUUACAAGAUUUAAUUUAUCUUAUUUUGCAAGUGAUGAAGAAGUUGAUUAUAUUUUAAAUGCACUUGAAUUUAUUGCAGAUGAAGGAUGGAAAUUUUUACCAUUAUAUACUUAUGAACUGGAAACAGCUGUCUGGAGUCCUCGCCCAGUAUCAUCAGGAAGCCAUAUCUCUCAUUGUCAUAAUCUUCAAAUGAUUACUUAUGAAAAUGGUAUAAUGAAGCAAAAUUUUUCAACACUACAAAAUCAUAUUAUUCAAUCGAAAAUUCCUCAAUCAAUUAGAUUUUCAUCUUCAAAUGAUCCAUUAGAUCAAGCUAUAUCAAUGGCAAACAAUAUCUCAAAAUAUGUUUGUGAAAAUAUUGAUUUUCGAAAUGAUCCACCAUUAGAUAUUCCAAAAGAAUAUCAAGAUUUUAUUUGGUUUAUUCUACCAAAACAAGUUGUCAUAAAAAUGCUAAAUGUAUUUGAACAACAUCAAGAUCAUAAUCAUAUGUCGAUACCAUUUCGACCAAGAAAUAAUUAA